CAAAAAAUGGUACUAAAUUGACACAUUAAGGAUGUGUUUCUGUGAUUUAGGUGGUAUUAUUUGAUAAUGAAAACAUAAUACUAUUUUCAAAAAUAAAUAAAAAGUAUGUAAAAAUUUUUGAUGUAACUUCGUAAACGUUUGAUUUCUUAUAUUUUUGGUAUAAUAUGGCACAAUACAAACAGAGUCCUCAAGAUUUGAUCAAAAAUGCAUUUACUCCCCAAAUUGCUGUGAUGUGCACUAACCUUGCAGAAAAAAGUUGCCAGAAAAAUAACUUGGAUUUUAUAGAGCUGUUACAACCAUUUUGCAAGCUCAACAAUGAUGUGUCAUAUAGAGAUCCCAAUGGAUCCACACACAUAGUCAGAAACUUAAAACUAACAUUUUUGGAUAUAUCAUGGGUGCCUCCACAGCCGGCAGUGGCAAGAAAACUUUUAAACACAUCAGUAAGCAGUGCACCUGAAAGUAAAAAUACAUCUGUUACAGUUGGAAACCAUAAUUUAGAAAUACCUGCAAGUGCCCCUUGGUUCGAAUCAUGGAGACAAACGUUUUUAAAAGUACAAUAUCCAUCGGACCAUGAAUUCACCAAACAUUUUCUAGCUUGUAUUUUAGUAGUCAGUUCCGCUGACAAAAAUAUAGAUGAGACUUUUGAUAAUAUGAUAAAAGAUUUAAAUCAAGUUCAUAAUAAGGAACUUGGGAAACUUCCGAAGUGGUUCAACUCAGUGAUCUUGAAAUAUUUUGUAAUUAUACAUGACAACAUAGACGGAGAUAUUAAUGGUGUUAAUGAGUCAUUUGAUGCAAUGAAGAGAAAACAUGGGCCAUCAAAUUGUUUUCUAUUAAAAUUGAAUUCAAGACCUUCCGGUAGUUCCACAGCAGAACAUUUACCUGAUCCUUGGAACCAGUUUAUAAGUAAUUCAGUUGAUGUGGAAGAUUUUGCCCCUUCCGUAGAAAGUAAAUCUAUGAAGUCUUCCUUAGAGAUUGGACAAGAAGCUGACGAAGUUAAAAAUAUAAAUUACCACCCUCUUAGUCCAGUCAAUGAUGGUAUUUUAUUGGAUGAUUUUUUAAUUGAUAUUGACCAUCAAAGGAUUAUAAUUAAUAAACCAAAAUUAACUCAUGGCCAUUGUUUGUCUACAGAAGAUAUAGAGCAAGUUAAAUUUCUUAUAUACGAAUUUUCUAAAGGUUGUUUGAUACCAUACAUAGAAAAACAAAUACAUUCCUUAAAUGAAGUAGUUGCUAAUAGAAAGGGAGUCAGCAAAUCAUUAUUCAGUGCUACAAAAAGAUGGUUCACUCAGAAUAAACCUGGUACGAGUGCUGCAGCUAUUAACAAUCUGGUGUAUUCCCCUGAUUCUCCUGAAUUACAGAUAAGGAAAAUGGGUGAUCUGUAUUUUAUGUUGGGUCAAUAUUCUUUAGCUUUCCAAACGUACCAUCUGGCAAAGAGAGAGUACAAUACUGACCAAGCUUGGUUGUAUUAUGCUGGGGCGCUAGAAAUGGCUGCUUUGGCUGCAUUUAUGGCCAAUCAAUCAACCAAAAAGACCUGUGAUUAUAUGGAGGAGAGCAUUACCACUUAUUUAAAUACAUGCAAAAUGCCCCAGUUUGCUACCAGAGCAACGAUUUUAGGAUCUGAAUGUUUGAAAUUUCGAAAAAUGUAUGGAGAAGCAGCUCACCAGUUGAUUAGAAUGAUUAGUGAAGAAUCUGAUUUACGUUCUGCUUUGCUGCUUGAACAAGCUUCGUAUUGUUUUCUGCAGACUAAAAUGGUCAGAAAAUACGCUUUUCAUAUGGUAUUAGCAGGACAUCGCUUUGCUAAAGCCGCACAACGGAAAUUUUCUUUAAAAUGUUACAAACAGGCAUAUCAAGUAUACGAAAAUACAGGAUGGGACCUAGCCACUGAUCAUAUACAUUAUACCAUUGGCCGACAAGCAAACAAUUUGCAACAAUUCGAUGAAGCUGUAUCAUCUUUUGCCAAACUUUUAACAGGAGAGAGUAAACAGACUGCCCAGCAGCAAGCUACAUAUUUAAAAGAAUAUUUAACAAUUUUAGGGAAUAAACUCCGACAUGACAAGGAAUCUGAUGUGAUUGCUAGUUUACGUUUAAAGGUACCUAUUGAAAUUGAAGAAGAUCCCAGUCAAGAAGUAUGUCCAAUUUUGCCUGUUCCAGAACUAGAUAUCGAAUCCUUAAGACUUUUAGCUUGUCCUUCACGACCUAUAUCGACACCUGGCAAAACGGCAGCUACAGAUAUUACUCUCAAGGAGUCAGAUGAUGAAGUAACCGACAACAAAUGGACAAAGCUUGAGGAAAUGAUCGUUCAUGAAGCAGAAGGCGUAGCACCUUUGAUAUUCAAACCCAUGGUCACAUUGUAUGGUAUACGCCAGUUAGAGAGCAUGAAACCUGUAGCUAUUAUUAACGAACCAAUUCAAAUUGCUCUGAAGCUGGUGAAUUCUCUCCAAACACUACUUAAUAUGGCAGAUAUUCAUUUACUAUGGACCUAUAAAUCAGCAGAUAAGCAAAUAAGCAAUCUACCAGGAGUUCAAAAACACGAUGAUAUCAUUAAAACUUACAUUACAAAAGCAUUGAUCAUCGGAGGAAGUAGUACAGCAGAUAUUAUUCUCUCUCUUAUUCCUUUAGCAGAAGGAACACUGACAAUAAAUAGUUUUUGUUAUACAUUGACCAGUUCAACCGGAACUGGAAGCACAGGAAGCAGUAGUAUCAAAGGGAAACAACCAAUUACUAUCCCUGUUUCUAAUCCAAAGAAUGCUAGUAGUGAGGAUAGUGAAGAAAGUACUACCAAACCCUUAGAAAUUGAUAUUGUAUGUCCUGCACCCUGCCUUCAGGUAUUAUUUGCUGAGUUAAAUACGGACUUUUUAAUGGAUGAAAUCCGCCAAGUAAAAAUUACCUUUUGCAAUAAUAGUGCUGUGCCCCUCCAAAACAUCUACAUAGCAACACCAUCUCCUCAUAUUCUUUCCGAUGGAGAAGUAAAAGACUACCUUAAUUUUAAGUUAAGUGACCUAAAUGUGCCAGCUCUCAGAGACAAAAUGAUUAGGAAGAACCAUGUAACAAAAAUUUAUGUACCUGGCAGAAUUUUGUCACCCGGAAAACAAGCGUCUGCGUCUAUCUGGCUUAAGGCGCCCCUCAAAAAAGGAGUUACUAAAGUAGAUUUACUUAUUUAUUAUCAAAAUCUGUAUAGAUUUAAUAUUCCUAAGUAUCGGUUGGUGAGGAAUAGUUGGGAUCUAUUGGUUCAGGAAUCCUUAUUGAUAGAUGUGUCAACUCAAGCUAGUCAUAACUCAAAAUCAGUGGAAGAAUUAGUAUUAGCAAUGAAGAUAACAAAUUUAAAUAAGACUUACAGCCCUAUAAUGACUGAAAUAAAGUUACUUAAUGUUGGCUUGCUGAGCAAGUAUUGGACAUUGACAAAAGAAGUAGUCAGAACUAAGUAUAUCGUUCUCAAUUCACAGGAAUCAGCGCAUAUUUUACUGAAAGCUAAGAGAUCGGUACAUGAAUGGUCAAAAUAUAGUAAUGUCCCACUCACUCAGGACCAAGAAUUAAUUCAGAGUCUAUCGACCUCAUUCAUAAAAUUUGCCAGGAAGUUUGAAAAACCAUGCUUGACAAUGUACGAUGACUAUGAAUCCUUCAAAUUCAAGGAAAACAAAGACGGUAUGUUACUUGUACAAUGGCAAGCUAUGGUAUCAGACGGAAAUACCAAUAGAGUAGCAAACGGUCAGACCAGUGUACCGAUAGAAAUCAACCGAAGAGAUGAGGAUGUAAUUCAAAUGGAACGAAUUCUCUCAGAUACCUUCAUACACGUUUGUGAUAAAACUAUUUUAGAAGAGGAAAAAGCUCAAAAUACCCAGAAGCAAGUUUCUUAUAAUCUAGUUUACCCUGCCUUCGUUUCCCAUAACUUUUUAGAAAAGGGAAUUUGUUUAGUACCUGUAAAAAUCCUACUGCACAGUAUUGUCGAUAAUAAAAUCCUUGAUGUCUUUGUAAAUACGACGGAACCAAGUGUAACGCAGCCUGAGAUAAAUAAAUCAAGUUUAUUUUGCACCUAUGCUUCCAGUAAUUUCUGUUGGUUGGGAAAUAGUAAAAACCUCAGAACUUUGCACCCUCUGACGACCGAAAGUAUUUCGUUAACAGCUGCUGUGUCUGGACCAGGUACCUUUGACAUAGGUACAUAUAUAGAGGUGUUCUGUAAGUCAGCAGGCCAAAAAGAAGAUUAUGUGUUACAGUCUUGUCAAAUUCACCCAACGUUAGUUGUAAAAAGUAUAUAGCGGACUUUGGAAAUUAAAAUUUCUAAUAAAUAUGUACAAUAAUUUCCAUAUUUCGUCGUUCAGCACGCCAUAUUGCCAUACUGCUUUGGAGUGAAGCAGAAAAAAUAUUUAUCAAUAUUUCCUAUAAAAUGUGAUAUUUUUGUUGUUGUUAAAAUUACAUUUAUUACCAAUAACGUUUAAAAAAUAAAGGGUCUAACCGGGUAAGAUGAUGAAAAAUGCCCUUAACUCGAUUCGAAUUCCAUAUAGGCAACUUCUUAGCACUUGAAACUCACUUUCUGCCACCUAGGUGGUCUUUUACUUUUUAAAACUUUAAUAUCGUUCUUAAAAUUCAAAUUUCCCGCCAAAAAUUAAAAAAAAAAUUCAAACAGAACUUUUUGAAAUCUAGAACUUUUUUUGUUUAAAGUUUUUCGCUAGCUCUCGAUGCAACUGAGAUACAAACUAAAAACCUAAUAAGCCUAAUUAGGCUCUAGGUGGGUCACGUGACCACCUAGGGGGCUUAAAAUCGCAGAAAGUGAGUUUAUAUUUGCUAUAAAGUGUCCUAUAUGGAAUUUAAAUCGAGUUGGGGUCAUUUUUGUCAUCUUACCCCGCUAGGCCCUUUAUAAUAAUAAAUUGAGGUAAAUUAUGUUGUUGGUAAUAUUUUUAGUUGUAGGUCUUGUUAAAUUCGUUCACACUUAAUUUGCCCCAAAUUAGGGGGCCUUUAUUAUGUGCCAAUUUCUAAAACAACUAUUUAUUUUGGAAUUUAUUGUGUGAAUUUUAUGAUGGUAUAUAAGGUAUAACUAUAGUAUAAUCUAAAAAAAUAAAAUUCUAUAUUAAAUAAUCAAAAUAUAAUUCUAAAAAAUGACUGAAUUGUAGCAGUUUAAAGACAAAGUUUUGAAUUUUCCUUUGGUAGUUACAACCAAAAAACGUAGGAAAAUUAAAAUUACAGAAAUCUUUUUGAAUUUUAUGUUUCAGAUAAUUCCUUAGUACACAAUCAUGGCCGCCGUCAAUUUUGGGACAGUCACAGGAAAUCCGCCAUUUCGAAUUUAUAAGAUGUUGAAAAUUAAUUAAAAAAAUUUUGUUGCAUACUUUAGGAAUGCAUUUAUUAAGCAAAAACAUCUAGAACCUUAUACACCAUAAAAGUCACACAAUAAAUUCCACAAAAAUAGUUUUUUUUUCGAAAUUGACAAAAGAUAAAGACCCCUUGUGCAUUUAUUUAAUAUUAGUACUAGUAAAAUGGAACCUUAAAGCGUUAAAGGUUUGUUUCUGUUUUCUUAUAGCUUAAUUGUGAAAGUUAUUUUUUCGAAUGCCGUUUGUUAUAACCGGUUGUACUUCAGCCAAUUGACUUAUUGUACCGGGUGUCCGAAUAAUAAUGGCUCUCGGCCAUAUCUCAGGAACCGUUUAUAGCACAGUUUUGAGAAAAAAAUAUUUAUAACAAAAGCUGCCACGGGAAAACCUGGAAAUUAUUUUCAUAAUUGUAGGUCCACCGCUAGAGGGCGUAAUUGAAUAUCAAAAAUUAAAAAAUCAAAAUUUUACAAAAUUUACCUAAUGGAAGGGCACUGGAAAUCCAAUCAUCGUAUUCUUCAUAAAAUUCUGCGCAUAUUUGAUUUCACAAGUUUAAGUCUACCUUUGCAAAUAAGAGGUGGGGGUGAGUGGGAACCUUCUUAUGAAAAAAUGGCUGCAAGUCCGGUUCUGCUAAAUUGAAUUUUGCAUACUUGGUCUUGUUGGAAACAGCUCUUUUUCGUCAAUGUAAGUGUCUUAUUUUCGAAAUAGCCUAAUAAGCAAUAUGCCAGCUAGUAGACGUUAUUUCAUUAUUUUCGGAAAUCUAGUUUUCUUUGGAGAAUAUUAAAUACAAGUAUGCAUUUUAAAUCCUGUAUUACAAAAUUAGACCAAAUUAGUAACAUAUUACCGAAAACCGCAUGUCGAUACCUUUUUUCUAUCUCGAGAUAUAUUAAGUAACGUGUAAAUUUUAAACAACUGUUAAUGUCACCGGUAAACGAAGUUAAGGAAAAGUAGCGUGCUGUGGAAAAAACAAAGAAACAUUUUCCAGAUGUAAACGUAUAUAAUUAAUAAAACAACAAUAAGACAAACAACACUAUAAAAUAUAACAAAAAAAUAAAAGCAACUACUUACUUAGUGACGACCUAAAUGGUCAAAUUGUUGCCCAUCAUUUUCGAUGCAAGGCAUUUACUCUUUCAAGAGUAGAUUGAACAGCAGUCUCAAUUUCUGCUUUCGCAUUGCUUUGAAUGGCGUUUCGUAUUCUUUAGAUUCUAGAUCAUGUUUUCUCGAGUAGUGGACCUUGCGUCAAAAACAAGGUCUUUAAUCCGUCCCCAUAAAUAAAAGUCUAAAACAUUUAAAUCUGUUGCUAUUCAAUUUACCCUUGAAAGAGUAAAUGCUUGCAUCCAAAAUGAUGGUCAACAAUUUGAACAUUUAGGCAGGUACUAAGAUUAAGUAAAUAGUUGCUUUUAUUUCUUUGUUAUAUUUUAUAGUGUUGUUUUGUCUUAUUGUUGUUUUAAUUAAUUAUAGACGUUUACAUCUGAAAAAUGUUUAUUUGUUUUUUCCAUAGCACACUACUUUUCCUUAACCUCCUUUACCGAUGACAGUAACAGUUAUGUUUAAAAUUUACACAUUUCUUAAGAUAUCUCGAGAUAGAAAAAAGGUAUCGACAUGAGCUUUUCGGUAUUUUGUUGCUAAUUUGGCCUAAUUUUGUAAUACAGGAUUAAACAUGCAUACUUGUAUUUAAUAUUUUCCAAAGAAAACUAGAUUUCUGAAAAUAAUUAAAUAACGCCUCGUAGCUUGCACAUUACGUAUUAGGCUAUUUCGAAAAUAAGACACUUACAUUGACGAAAAAGAGCUGUUUUCAACAAGACCAAGUAUGCAAAAUUCGAUUUAGCAGAACCGGACUUACAGCCAUUUUUUCAUAAGAAGGUUCCCACUCACCCCCACCUCUUAUUUGCACAGGUAGACUUAAACUUGUGAAAUCAAAUAUGCGCAGAAUUUUAUGAAGAAUACGAUGAUUGGAUUUCCAGUGCCUUUUCAUUAGGUAAAUUUUGUAAAAUUUUGAUUUUUUUAAUUUUUGAUAUUCAAUUACGCCCUGUAGCGGUGGACCUACAAUUAUGAAAAUAAUUUCCAGGCUUUUCCCGAGGCAACUUUUGUUAUAAAUAUUUCUUUCUCAAAGCUAUACUAUAAACGGUUCCUGAGAUAUGGCCGAGAGCCAUUCUUAUUGGGACACCCGGUACAUUUCCCAUCCCUGUAACCUUUUCGCCCAGGUUUUAGUGUUAACGACUAUUGCCGAGAUCGAACCCAGAUCGUCCAGCUUGGUAAGCCAGUACCUAGCCAGUGACAGCUGUGACCACCUUCUUUUUCGUGUUCCUCAUCCUUUAAAGGACAUUGUCGAUCAUCACAGUCUAUUUUACUCUAUCUGCAGCGGUUCUCAAGAGUUCUAUUUUUACUGACACAAUCUUGUUAUUACUCACAAUCAUUAUUUUUGUUUUGACAAUGUCUACAUUGUGUUACUUCCGAUUUCUAUUCCCGGAGGACCAGGUGGUAAUUUUUCUGUCAGGGUUCUCUUCCCUUAUACUGGCUGUUUUACCGAACCAGUUUCCCCUGUUUGAUUCUGCUGCUCUAUCCGCCAGAUGAGAUACUAUGUUUUUUGUCUUUAAGACCAUUGACCAUUCUUUGUGUGUAACCGAGACAGGGGCCCUUAUUUCUUUCAUUCUUUCAUUCAGAGCCAGCUGAACCCUGGUUUUUUACGAGGUUGAUACUCCUCCCCCUCCUCCUUUCUCAUCUCUUUCAUUAUGGGGCCCCAGGCUUGGGACUGGUACAGCAGAGUUAAUUGUUCAAGUACAAUCGUAUUAAAUUCCCAAUCAUAUUAACUUAUUCCCAGUUUGAAUAUGUCUAGAUUGGAACUAGGGAUCAAUUUUUGUUGUUGUAUAACUUCACAAGUAUGAUCUGUAAGUCAUACUUUCUAAAAAUUUGCUUUUUUACAACAAACGGCAAUAGUAAAAGAACAAAAUAAAAAACACAAGUUUAGUUAACAUUGUAAUGAUAAUAUUAGACCCCAAAAAUGAAGGGUUAUCUCCGUUAUAUAAAAGACAAAAACAUAAGAACCUAUACAUAGGUUACUAACACGGAGAUUUUGUUUAGUUUCAUUUAUUUUUCCUCAUAUGCAAUACUUAUGCAAUAUUUUUUUAAAUCCUUUAAAAAGGAAUUGUUCUCAGUAUGUAUUUCUUAACUGAUACUGUUUGCUGUGAUAAUGCCACAUUAUCAGAAGAAAAUACUUUCAUUAUAAUCACAAAAUCAUUCUCAUACUACAGUCAUUAAAGAAGUAUUGCUGCUAGUUAAAUGUGAAAACUGAGGAUACGCAUAAAUAUUGAUAAAAAUAAUGUUGUUUGCUGAACGACUAUUUGUCAAAUAGUGUAAAAUAAGAGAUAUAAUAUUUAAUAAAUUCGUGUUUGUAUGAAA